UGGUGCGGGCGCACCAACAUUUGGUGCGGGAGCACCACUCGUGCCGAGCCAUUCCUCCUUUGGCAAGUCACAACUCACACUUCUCUUUUGGACGUACAAUCAGGAAGCAAGAAAGAAAAUGGUUGGAACAAAAACAAGAGCAUUCUUCAAAUACUUUGUGGUUGACGCAUUUACAAGCUCUCCGCUAAAGGGUAACCCUGCAGUGGUAUUCUUGUUAAAUGAAGAGAAGGAUACAAAAUCUCUGCAAGCAAUGGCUCAAGAAUUCAAUUUGUUAACUUGUUACGUGACAAAGUUAACACCAUCGAAACUGUCAAAAACCCCUAGAUAUAAUCUUCGUUGGUUUGCGCCUGCUUCAGAGGUGAAAAUUUGCGGACAUGGAACCAUAGCAUGCACGCAUGCAAUAUUUUCAACCGGGACAACUCAAGGCAACGAGAUCGAAUUCGUCACUCAAUCUGGAGUUUUCUCCGCUAAGAGGAUUUCGGAAAAUGGAAACCAAAUAAAUGGUCAUGAACUACUAAGAAAUGAUGAUUUCUUAGAAUAUCAACACAAGAGAUGUCUAAUUCAGUUGCGUUUUCCAUUAUAUCCAACUGUUCCACUCGAACCUAUAGAAAUGAAGUUGGUACCUGUGUCACUCAAAGGUCCAUCUACAUUGAAUAUUAUGAAAAUGUCUCGAGAAAAUGACCUUAUUGUUGAGUUGUUGUCUAGCAAACAUGUUACAGAUUUCAAUCCAAAAAUGGAUGAAAUUAAAAUUUGGCCAGGAAGAGGUGUUGCUAUAACAGGAUUAGCUCCUCUUGGAUCUGGAUUCGACUUUUUUACUCGUUUAUUCAGUCCCAAUUUCGGAAUUGAUGAGGAUCAAGUAUGCGGAAGUAUACACUGUGCUGUGGCGCCAUAUUGGAGCAAAAAACUCGGAAAGUCUGAUCUCAAAGCAUACAUGGCAUCUCCAAGAGGUGGGAUUCUAAUGUUGCAUGUAGACACAGAAACACAAAGUGUACUGAUAGCUGGUGAAGCCGUUACCGUCAUGGAAGGCUCAUUCGUUGCUUAAUUACAGCCGCGAUAAUAGAAGUUCUCGUCGCUUUUGAUUGUCUAAUAUGAAGUCAUCUGGUGUCUUCCUUUAAAAAUGUUUAUUGCUUAAUUAAUUUAUGCUCAAUCUGUGUUCAUUAGAUACUAAAAAGGUAAAAAUGUAUUUACAACCUUUAUUGAUGUUAACAAUUGUGUACCUUAAAUUGUUAAAAACAUUGUUGAACACAGUCUAGUUUAUAGAGAUUUUCCAAGCAAUUAAUUGAUACUUUAUAUUUCAGAUUUUUAAUAUCA